GUGAAAACUAUCAGACAGGCUAAAGCUAUCAAUCGACUCGUCGACACUCGCUUUCCAGGCGAACCAUGAGGCUCCGCCGCCACCUUCUGAGCGCCUCUGCCGCCGGUAGGAACCGCCGGGGCUUCGCCACGAAGUACGUCGCAAAAGUGACGUCAUCGUCUCCCUCCGGCCGCUCCCUCUCCGCGGAGGUCUCUCUCGCGAAGCCCCUCCCCACCGACGUCCGAGGCUACCCAAUACCCCGCCGCCACCUCAUCUGCCGCGCCACCAACCUCCUCCUCCUCCGCAGCCGCUCCGCCUCCGCUGACGCCGCCGGAUUCGACAGCUUCUCCGACCUCUCCGACUACCUCUCCUCCGUUUCCCUCUCCCUCACCUCCGCCGAAGUCUCCGAGAUCCUCAAAUCCCUAAAUUGCCCGCGUCUCGCCCUCGAUUUCUUUCACUUUUGCCCCGAUGUUUCCCCUAAUUCUCACAACGACCCCUUCCUUUAUACUCGCAUCAUUCUCAUCCUCUCCCAGUCCACUCUUCCGGACAAGUUCGAUCUCGUCCGUUCGAUCAUCGACCAGAUGGAGAAGAACGGCGUGCGCGGGACGAUCUCCAUCGUCAAUAUUCUGAUUGGGUUCUUCGGGAACACGGAAGACUUGGCCAUGUGCUUGGGUUUGGUGAAGAAAUGGAGCUUGAAGAUGAAUUCAUACACUUACAAAUGUCUUCUUCAGGCGUACAUACGGUCUCGAGAUUCAGGAAAAGCGUUCGAUGUGUAUACGGAGAUCAGAAGGAAAGGGCAUAAACUCGACGUCUUCGCUUAUAACAUGGUGUUGGAUUCUUUAGUUAAAGAUGAAAAGGUUGACCAGGCUUGCCAAGUUUUUGAAGAUAUGAAGAAAAGACUUUGCCGAGAUGAGUACUCAUACACGAUUAUGAUCAGGAUGAUGGGGAGCACUGGGAAGUAUGAUCAAUCGUUUGCUCUUUUCAAUGAAAUGAUAUCCAAGGGCUUUACUCCUAAUUUAAUUAGUUUUAAUACUCUAAUACAUGCUCUUGUCAAGGGCAAGAUGGUUGACAAAGCUCUCCAUGUCUUCUCUAAAAUGGUCGAGACAGGUUGCAGACCCAAUGAGUUCACUUACACUAUCAUUUUGAACCUUUUAGUGGCGACAGGUCAGCUGGUCAAGUUAGAUGAAGUCGUGGAGAUGUCAAAAAAGUUCAUGACACAGGGCAUAUAUGCAUACCUGGUCAGAACCCUGAGCAAAUUAGGGCAUGUAGGUGAAGCCCACCGGUUAUUUUGUGACAUGUGGAACUUCCCUGUCAAAGGGGAUAGGGAUUCUUACAUGUCGAUGCUAGAAAGUUUAUGCAGUGCCGGUAAAACUGUGGAAGCCAUCGAGUUGUUGGGCAAGAUUCACGAGAAAGGUGUAAAAACCGAUACUAUGAUGUACAACACAGUGUUCUCGACUCUUAGCAAGCUAAAGCAGAUAUCCCAUCUUCAAGGUCUUUACGAAAAGAUGAAAAAGGAUGGCCCCUCUCCUGACAUAUUCACCUACAAUAUACUCAUCUCGAGCUUUGGGAGGGUUGGAGAAGUUAUUGAAGCUAUCAAAGUUUUCGAGGAGCUCGAGAACAGUGACUGUAAGCCCGACAUUGUAUCUUACAACUCUUUGAUCAAUUGUUUGGGGAAGAACGGUGAUGUGGAUGAAGCCCAUGUGAGAUUCAAAGAGAUGCAAGAGAAAGGGUUUGACCCGGAUGUAGUCACAUACAGCACUUUGAUCGAAUGCUUCGGGAAAACCGAUAGAGUUGAGAUGGCUUAUAUAUUGUUUGAAGAGAUGCUGGCAAAAGGGUGUCAACCUAACACUGUGACUUACAAUAUUUUGCUCGAUUGUCUCGAAAAGAGCGGGAGAACUGCAGAAGCUGUGGAUCUGUACGCGAAAAUGAAACAGCAAGGACUAACCCCGGAUUCUAUAACCUAUUCUGUGCUUGAUCGGUUGCAGAGUGGAUCUCAUAAGAGAUCACGGAUUCGUAGGAAGAAUCCGAUCACGGGUUGGGUGGUUAGUCCAUUGUAGCCAUGGAUGAAAGAUCAAGAUUUUCGGUGUCUGAAGGAAAGAAACUGCGGAUUCCGGGUUCAAGAUCAGCAGAAGGUUCAGUCUUUGUGGUGGCUGAAGGAAGGAAGCUGCAGAUUUCGAGUUUCGAAAAUUAUUUUUUCCUGUGUGAUCAGUCUGAUUUGGUAAUUAGGCUUUGGAUAUGAUGCAAAAUUUGUUGGUUUGAUUGAUUCUCAUGUGGGAGUUUAGUGUUUAGAAUUUGGGGUUAUAUUUCAUAGUUUUUAUUAGGGGUGUGACUUUCGCGGUUUGGGUCGGAAAUAUGGUUUAGUCCGAUUCUUUCAGUUUUAUAAAAA